CGUGCUCGCUCGAGUAGUUUCAAAGUCUCUCAGAGGGACAGUAGCUACCUUCAAUUUUGUCUGUCAGAUUCUUGUAUUGUAUCAGGUUCUGACCUUGCCGUUCAAUUAUGACUCAGGAAGCUUCCCCUCCGCUCCCGGAGGGCAUUUUCUCCCUGCUGGAUACCGACUUGUACAAGCUGACCAUGCAAUGCGCCAUCCUCAAAUACUUCCCUGAUACCCAUGUCACCUAUGGCUUCACGAACCGCACCGCCGAGAUGAAGCUGACCCGGGGUGCUUACAAAUGGCUUCUUGCACAGCUGGACAAGCUGGCGAACAUUCAAGUCACAAGCGAUGAGAUCGCGUUCCUGAAGAAGAAGUGUCCUUACUUCAACGAUGCCUAUCUGCACUUCCUAACCACAUUCAAACUCAAGCCUAAGGAGCAGGUUGAGAUCCACUUUACCCCGAUAGAGGGCGACACUGGUAGUGAUGAGGACAAGGGUGAUGUUGACUAUGCCAUCAAGGGUCUCUGGGUCGACACCAUCCUGUACGAGAUCCCUCUGCUGGCCCUGACGAGCCAAGCGUACUUCAAAUUCAGUGACAAGGACUGGGACUACAGCUGUCAGGAGGAGAAGGCGUUCCGGAAAGGUUGCGCAUUGUUGGAGCACGGGUGCAUCUUCUCCGAGUUUGGAUCUCGGAGACGGCGCGACUACCACACGCAAGACCUAGUCAUGAAGGGACUAUCUCGCGCCGCGGAGGUGGGCAAACAGAAGGGCUGGAAGGGUGCGUUCACGGGCACAAGCAAUGUACACUUUGCCAUGAAGUAUGACGUGAUCCCCGUCGGCACUGUCGCUCAUGAGUGGUACAUGACCAUCGCUGCUAUCACGGACGACUACGAAAACGCCAACGAGAUGGCUCUUCGGUACUGGCUUGGCUGCUUCGGCGAAGGGGUGCUGGGCAUUGCUUUGACCGACACCUUUGGUACCCCGGCCUUUCUCGACGCAUUCCGCAAACCGAUUCCGGCUUACACCAGCGCCGGCGUGGGAGCCGUCAGCACAGCUCCUUCCGGUGCCAACACGACGGUUGAAUCCAAUAUCCAAAGCGAGGCGGAGACAACGGCUCCUAUUUCUGCUCCCUUGCACGGCUUCCAGGGUGAGCACCCGACCAAGACAUACGCUCAGGUUUACACAGGUGUGCGUCAGGACUCUGGAGAUCCCACCUACUUCGUCAAGAUGGUCCGGCAAUUUUAUGACCGGGAGGGGAUCAAGGAACCCAAGACGGUCGUCUUCUCUGACUCCCUAGACAUUGAGCACUGUCUGGAAUACAAGGUCAUUGCCGAGGAAGCCGGCUUCCAGCCCGUCUUCGGGGUUGGCACCUUCUUCACAAAUGAUUUCAGCAACAAAUCCGACGGCGAGAAAUCGAAGCCCCUGAACAUCGUCAUCAAAAUCUCCACCGCCAAUGGUCGGCCCGCUGUGAAACUCAGUGACAAUAUGGGCAAGAACACGGGCGACAAGGCAACCGUUCAGAGCGUCAAGAAGAAGCUGGGCUAUAUCGAACAUGAAUGGGAGAAGGGGGACGAGAAGAAUCGGUGGACGCCGAAGGAAUAAUUUCCCCACUCGCAUUUAUCAUACGUACAUAACCGACGACCCAACAAGGAUGCUUCCUUCUAAGUUCCACAUUUUUCCGCCCGGCCGGUGAAAUGCUCCAUCCCUUCCCAUUUCUGACCUCCACUGAGCGAGCGAGAUCUCCAAGCUAUCUACAUACUACCUUACUCUUUCCAACCCCAACCCACUUCCCUCAGGGAUGCGCGCGUGAUUUUCGAUUCAUGCUUUGGUUUGGCUUAUGAUGUACGAAGUAGAUGCAUAGAAAGACGAAGACUUAUACAUGAAUAUAAAUCUGG